CUCUGAAGAUAGUCGCAGCGUUUCUUCUUUUUCCGAAAAGUCUUAGCGAACGCGUACGCGCUCGACAAAUCACCUUUCAAUUGUAAACAAUUGCUCGGCCGUCGCUCAUUUUCCAGCAAUGUGACGGAAAUUUCGACUAAACGUUUUCGGACGGAAAAUUUAUCGUGUUCUUCUAAAGAAGCUUAACUUUAUCGAAGUAUGGAUUGAAAGAAUCGUUCGGCCUCAAUGAAAAGAAUUUGUGAAAGCAACAGGCGCAUGGAUUAUCUGAGCGCCAGUUUAUCUCGGUCGUCAAGUUCGAAGACGAUACCGCCAUGGUGAACGAUUCUGCUAAAACUCUCAUGCUGAUCAUCUCGGCUAUCAGGAACCUCCGUGAGCUGAAAGGCUCAAGCUCGAAAGAAAUUCUGCAUUAUAUUUCAAAUGUUCAUAAUAUUGCUCCAGAUACGGCACGUCGUCAGACGCUAACAGCAUUGAAGCGCGGCGUUGCUUAUGGAAUCCUAAAGAAAAAUGGCGGCAAUUACAUCCUGCCAACCAGCAGCGAGAUGAAGCUGCAAGAGAUCGCGGAGCAGGAGGUGAAUCUGCUGGACGUUUGUCGCAAAUCGAAGCUGCAGAGGAAAAUGGGUUGUAAAUGCAAGAAACGACGCAGACGAAGGAGGAGGAGGAGGAGGAGAAAGCGGAAGUUCUGUAGAUGCAAAAAGAAGAGGAAACGAAGGCGCAGGAGGAAGAGGAAGUGCAGAUGCAAAGUGGGAAGCAGACGAGACAUGCGUCGAGCGAGACGAGUCAUAACACCUCGAUCCGCUGACGAUACGCAAAAGAACAAAUCGAUAGAAUUGCCACUUGAAGCUUAUGAGGCCAGCGAGCGUAGUUCUGUGACUACAUUAUCCUCCAUAGCUGAUUAGAAACGCGCAGUAAACUUUUAUACGCACAGCAAGAGUAAUUAGCCUAGUCGUCGAACUCAUUAAAUUAUCGUCAAAGAAGGAUUCAAAAAUCGACAUCUCAUCGUGGAAAAUUUAUCGAAGGAUUAUUUUUGGACGUAUUUAUAUAAUUAUCAAGUGUGACUUUCUAUUACUAAUUUUUAUUAUUUUAUAUAGACACGUGUCUCUUCAAGUGCAUGUUACGCUUUAUACAUACUGUAUUGUCCAGGUUUGAGAAUUAUAAUUGUAACGAUA